AAAUACUAUUGUGUUUACAUUCAUGUGAAACAAAACAUCAAAAAGCAUGCAUGGCAUGUUCGUGUAUUUCAGUUAAAUUUAUUUGGAACUCAAGUAUCUGCAGUGGAAUUUAACAUAAUCAAUCAACAGAACAUUGGACAAUUCAAUGGCUUCCGCGGACUUUGUGCCAAUACAAACCAAAGCAUCAUUACUGCGGAAACGACCCCAGCAGGAUGACUUCCAGGUAACCGUGUUCGAGCCCAAAAAAGCAAAAGCGAACAGACCCAAAAUUUUCCGGCCACUAUCUCAACCGGAAUCCGGCGAUAAACCUGAUGGCGAAGAGGAUGAGGCAGAGGAAGGCAUCGAUGACAUUUUUUCGGAAGCCCGGCGCCGGAAGCGAAAAACCAAGAAAGAAGAUCCCCAGGUAUUCGACAUCAGCCGAGCUCGCAAGGAGGUAAUCAACUACGGCAUCAGCGGGCUGGAUCGUGACACCAAACUGGAAGCCAAAGUGGCCCUGGCGGUCAAGCUGGGAGCAAAACCACCGAAGAACCCGUACCGCAACUAUAAGGAACUGCUGGAGGAACGAAAGCGCGAGAAGCAGGAAACCGAUCGGGAAAGUCGCCGGCGGAAGGGCCAGAGCUAUGGGGCGGCUCGAUCCUACCAGCAGCAGAAACAACGCGCACGGGACAAGGCCAGCAAUCCGAACAGCGUGACGAGGCAUUACGGGGUGGUCAAUCCGAAGAUGGACGACCGGAAGAAGCGAAAGGGCAAAUGAAUGCGAGGAUAAUGUAA